ACCUUCUAUACAUGUCAGCAAGGCCACACGCCUUUAUUCACUCAUCGGAACCAUCUGGAUUAUGAUCCAGUGUUUCUAAUGAUAGUUUGGUCAUGUCGGCACCUGCCAUGGGGACCAGCAAAACAGCGCACACUGAUUCCAGUAACAAGAAGAAAAAGGGACCCGGAACGCUGGCCACCGCAUAUCUGGUCAUUUACAACGUGGUUAUGACAGCAGGAUGGCUGGUCAUUGCUGUUGGUCUAGUUCGAGCAUACCUUGCCAGGGGAAGUUACCAUGGUCUUUAUUACUCGAUAGAAAAGCCCCUAAAAUUCUUUCAGACUGGUGCCCUUCUUGAGAUAUUGCAUUGUGCCGUGGGAAUUGUUCCGUCCUCUGUGGUCCUGACUGGGUUCCAAGUGAUGUCACGAGUGUUCCUUACCUGGGCAGUGACACACAGCGUUAGAGAAGUCCAAAGCGAAGACAGUGUUCUCCUCUUUGUGGUGGCCUGGACAGUCACAGAGAUCAUCCGUUACUCUUUCUACACCUUCAGCCUGCUCAACCAUCUGCCUUACCUCAUCAAAUGGGCAAGGUACACGUUUUUUACCGUGCUGUACCCCAUGGGAGUGGCAGGAGAACUUUUGACCAUCUACGCUGCGUUGCCAUACGUUCAGAAAACAGGGCUGUACUCCAUCACCUUGCCUAACAAGUACAACUUCUCCUUCGACUACCACAGCUUCCUCAUCCUCGUCAUGGUCUCCUACAUCCCACUAUUCCCUCAGCUCUACUUCCACAUGAUGCGCCAGAGGAAGAAAGUUCUGGGUUACAUGGAGGAGUACAGCAAAGUGGAAUAAGUUGCCACACGCAGCAGAACGCCACACUACAGAUUUGUUAUUUUAAAAAAAGAAGACAAGGCAUUCUUGUGGAUUAAACAGGCCAGAUAUGCAGAAUGAUUGUUAACGAUACUAUUUUGGUCAAGAACUGUUGCAGUUGGUGAUUUUUUUUGGGGGGAUCCUGUAACAACACCAAUGGCUUUUCCUCAGUUUAGAGGGAAAGAAAUGCCGUUUCCAUACUAAUACAUCAGCUUCUGUGUCAGACAUUUUUAGUUUUGAUUCUAAAUGUAGAUUUACUGACCAAAUAUUGUAGCAGAUAUCACUCAGACAAAGAGCAAAAAUACCGUUAGCUGCAUCUGGUGGCUUUAACCAGAAAUAAAUGUCUCAUCAUUUUCCUGCGUGGUGUAUUUUGUACACUGUAUUUCAGAUAUAAUUGACUUAAAUCUGUUUCUCACUCAAGGCAUUCCUUUUCCUUAUAUUUGAGUAUGGAUCCUAACUCCUAGACCGUACUUGACUUUCACACUACUUGUCUACUGAUUCCCAUCAUGAUUACUGUUAGUGCUUUCUUUUUGUUUUGUGCUGUGUUUUUUAAAGGAUCAACUUUAAUCGGUUGUUUUAGUCAGUAUUGGAUAUGUAUUGUUGGUUUGUGGCCAUUUGCAGAAAAAAAGAGGUGUGUAACCCAGAGAAAUUGGCUAAGUUGCUGGGUGGGACCUCAUAGUAAGUGCUGUCUACUAAUGUACUAGAUGGGCAUUUCUGUAGCAGAAGGAGAUUGCAGAUGACAUUUUUGGAGUGUUUAUGGCUAGCGAUGUGGAAGAGUUUGGCUGAGAGAGACUCGCACGCCGAGCAGAAGAGAGCACAAGCCUCAGCUAACGGGGGCCAAUUGGAUUUGAGUGCCUCCAGUCAUGCUUUUCCAAUGAGUCAAAUCUAAUAAUGUGGAGAGAAAGCUGGGAGUCAAGACUAACUUAACGCUUCAUUGCCCAUCUGCCUAAUUGUGAACAGUCAUCUUCAGCCCUCCCAAUGCAAAUGAAUCUCUCUCGUAUUGAAGUGUGAGCUGCCACACUAUUGCACAGAUAGAGUCUUUGCAAACAAAGUGGUAAGCCUUUUCUCCUUAUAAAGCCUAUCUGUGAAAAGAUUAGCAUGGGAUGAAUGGAGUGCAACCUUGAAUAACACUGCAUGUAAAAGUGGUGUGACUAAACCUUGGUUCGUAGAAGCAUGACACUUAACUCAAAUAAAAAUGCCAACAUUGUCAAGCUUUUGAUAUUCAAGUUCUGCAUGGGACCAGCAAACUUUGUAUGGAUAGUAAUAUGAUGAUAUAUAUUUACAAUAAACCAUAACAUGAGA